GGAAGGCAAAGGGUACUGUGGACACAUCAUCCGAGCUCAAGUACAGUCACGGCAAUGGUACUGAGAUGUUCUCAAACGUUCUCGUGGUAACGUAUAAUCUCGGAAACCCCAGACCUGACAGGAAGUGUUGUUCAUAUGGGAGCAUCGGGUGAUUAAAGGACAAACCAUUCCUCCCCAUAGCAACUAUGCAAAUAAGUAAUUCCAGAACCAACAACUCCCCCCCCCCCCACAAAAAAAACAAGCUCAAUCAAUCACCCAGAAGAUUUACAUUGAUGGAAUUCUCACUUUAGUCAUUGAUUUAUUUGCCAUUGAGUGAAAACUGAGCAGCAAAACAUGCUUCAAACAGACUCGGAGUUCACUAGAACUCGAUGGAUCUGUACCGUCAUCGGACUGGGCUUUUACCUGGUGGACAUUGUGACAGACGUUGGACUAGCUGUGAAGUACUUCCUGGUUGGAGACCUGGUCUGGGCUGGACUGACUUUACUGUUUGUGGUGGUUGGCUCAGCAGCCACACAGGUCUUCAGCUACACCUGGUACAGAGAUGACAUGAGAAAACCCCUUGCUAACCCAGGUGGAGAUGGGCUGAUUUGUGAGAUGAAUAGAGGAGGACUGAUUGGACUCCAUGUCAUGCAGACGGGCAUCUUCACCAGGUACUACGACCUGUUGAAGGCGGGAUACAGGGCUGUGUUUUCCAAGCCUCUUGGGCCUGUUGAAUGCCCCAGAGAUGUGCACCUGGCCCUGUUUGGCCGAGCGACUGAUCUGAGCAUGCUCAAACUGUUUGAGACGUUCCUUGAGAGUGUUCCACAGCUAGUCCUCCAACUCUACAUUAUGCUGGGCCACGGACACAGGUCCAUACUACAAUGCAUCUGCAUGGUGGGCUCAUUCAUCAACAUCGCCUGGGCUAUAGUGGACUACCGUCGGUGUCUCCGUCGAUCCUUACCCCAGGUCCGAGAGAUGCCUUCUGGCCUCCCUACCUUCGUUUACCUCCUGUACAAGCUCUUGACCAUCACCGCUCACAUCCUCAGCCUCAGCCUCUUCCUCGUCCUCAGCCCCUACAGUACCCUGGGAAUGGCUGUCGUCUGGCUGGCCGGAACCCUCUGGGCCCAUUGGGUCCGUACUGACUUCUGCACGUCUAAAGGUCUAGAGAGGCUCUAUCGGAUCGUCGUGGGAGUCGUCCUCAUAUUCACCUUCUUUAACGUGAAAGGACAGGAUACCAGAUGGCCGAUGGCUGUGUACUACGUUCUCUUUGUGUUAGUGAACCUCUCUGGUCCUUUGCUGCUGGUUCUGGUGAGGCCAGAGGUUAACGCUACUGAGUACUUUUGGCCGGUGACUCUGCUGAUAUUUGGAGGGACCGUUCUAGGGCUGGUCUGUCUGCUCCUGUAUUAUACUGUCUGCCAUCCCAGAGGGAGGAGUCUACAGGCAGAUGAGGUGGAUGGACACAUGGGACAGGAGAGAGAAACAGAGACGCCAGACAACAUGGUGAGAGUUAGGAACUUCCUACAGCUCUGAGCCUCGUUUCCUGCACCACUCUGAAUGACCUGAACGACCUG